AUCGAGCUUACUCCGACCUCAACUCACUCACUUCAACUCAAUCCGUCCCGCCCUUCCUUCAUACGCCACUUACCAAGCCAUACUAUACCUACCCUAAUUCACCCGCCAUUUCAGACAGUUCAAAGCAAGCAAUCAAACCAAGAAACGAACCCAACCUCACACCGUGUGUGACAUCAAACACACUCCCAGAACCACCACAAUGCCGCCAACUACACUCACAACGCCCCUCACCCUCCAAAUCCCCGCGGAACCCCUCACCCGCGCCGCCUUCGCCCCCUUCGGCGACGUGAUCGAGAACCCUCACCCGGAAGUCCGCCCCGCCGCCUCCCUCUCCGCCACCGUAUCCGCCUCCUUCAGCGCCGUCUCCGCAAACCAAGGCACAGCCAUAAAGUACCAAAACGUCUCCUCCCCUCUGGACCUCUACCCGCAAGCGCCCUCCCGCGCCGGCCGCCCCAUCGUGAGCAUCUUCUCCUGCGCCGCGCGGCAGCUCGAGCCCGCCGCGCCCCUGGCGCAACCGCCCAUCUCGACGCUGCUGCCGUACACCUACGCCGGCCCCAGCAGGGGCGGCCGCUUCAGAGUGAGCGUGCUGGAACGACACCCCUUCACGACGCAGACGUUCGUCCCCUUUUCCGCUUCUUCGUCGGUAAGCGGCGCGGCGUACCUCGUCAUCGUGGCACCUACCCUCCAGACCCCCAGCGCGCAGACGAAUUCCCUCCCGGCGCCGGCCACCGGCGGCAAAGGCCGGGGUCUACCGGACAUCAAGGGCCUCAAGGCCUUCGUGGCGUCCCCGGGCCAGGCCGUGACCUACGGUGCGGGAACGUGGCACGCGCCCAUGGUUGCGUUGGGACCGCAGGGUACGGCGAUCGACUUUGUCGUGACGCAGUUUGCGAGCGGCGUGGGCGUGGAGGAUUGUCAGGAGGUGGAGUUCGCGGGCGCGGGUGAGGAGGCGGGUAUCGUGGUGCAGGUUCCUGAGAGGAUGCCUGUUGUUGCGAAGUUGUGAGCGGAGCGGAUGACUGAGAUAUGCUUUUUGCCGCAGGAGGGCGGUAAGUCAAUGGCGAUAGGGAACACUUGAUGAUGGCGCUUGUGUGUACGAUGUCUGUUCAGCAAGGGAAAGGAAUAUAGCCCGAGUCUGCCUGGGCAUGUUGAAAGAGUGCAAGGUGGCGCCUCUGUGACUGGGCAAAGGAGCGGUUAACCAAGCUAAAAAAAU